AUGUAUCUGUGUGCGGCUAUCUCUGAGGCAAUCUGCAGCUCAAGGGCUGUAGGCUCAUAUGAGAGGUAUAAGAGAUUAGAGGAGGACCCAGAAGAAAGACGGCGCCUGCAGACGAAGUUCCUCAUCUACAAGACGCUGGCGAAGGCGGACGCGGUGGCGAGGAGGAGACCGCCGUUCUUCUCGGGACUGAGGCUGCGCCGGCUGCAGAUAAAGGUUGGGCGACGGCUAAGGCGACUGAGGCGGAGCAUAUUGGUGGCAGUCUCCGGUGCCCGGACGUCUCUGAGAAAGCGACUUGGAGGGAGGCUGGAGAAAUGGAGGCUCUCCAACGGUCGGAAGAUCGCCCUUCCUCCAGUCUUCUGUUGA